CUCUCUUUCCCAGCAUGCCGCCCGCGGGUGGUGGGCCCGAGAUUAUGACAUCAAGGACUGGUCUCUCGUCCUGUCAAUCAGAGCUUGGAUUUUUCGCGCGAAAAAAAAAGACGGAAGAAAGGAAACCAGGUUGCCAGGGGACGGAGGGACGUGGAGGCUCGCGCAGUGGCCUUUGAGAAAAUAGGAUCUAAUACGUGCCCUAUUCCAUGAGCUCCAUCUGUGCUGUCUCUGCCCUUUGGAACUGGCCAGCUGAGUGGUUUCUCUGACAGCAGGUUCAGUACCACCCUUAUCUAAACGUCAGCAAUGCAGAGCACCAUAAGAUCAUUCUUCCAGCCCCUGGCACGAACACAUCUUGGCAAUGAGACAACAGAGAAUAAUCACCUGGAAGAAGCACUCACCCCCAAAAAAAAAAAUGUUCUGAAACAUUCUGAACAGCUGGUAAAUGGUACUGCACUCCAUACGAAUUCCUCAGUGAAUCCUGCAGCCAAAAAUGCCACCCAGACACUUAACAGUGAAGAUGAAGAGGAUCCUGAAAAACCAAGGCAAAAGGAUACACAGGAAGGUGGUAGUAAUCAGACACCUGACUGUUCUCCUGAGAAAAAGAUCCCUGCGAAGAGCAUCUCGCCAAGUACCAGCCCAUCUACUUCUAAUUCGCUCUCAACCUCCAGUAUCCCAAGGCGUAAAACUGCCCGUAAACAGCUCCCUAAACGUAAAGCAGAGGAAGAAAUCAAUGGCCAUGAUAGCUCCCUGGAGGACAUUAGUGCCAAAAGGCAGAAGGUAGAUGAUGGAAAUGGCUCCAAGGGGGAACCAGGUGAGAGUCCCAUGGAGAUGGAAAAAGAGAAAGAUGAGGAUUCAGAAUUGGAAGAGCAUGAAGCAGAAAAAGAUACCAAGGAAGAGAAGAUGUCAGAAUCCCCUAAAUCAUCUAGCAAACCCAUCUCUAGUUUUUUUGCCCCCAGGAAAGCCUCUGUGAAGGCAGAGAAAAAACAGAUGCCUGCAAUAGGAGAAAACACACCUGCACCAAAGAGCCAUAAUGAAGGCAGUUCUCAUACACUGAGCAAUAUGACUGGGAAUUCUCUCAAGCCAUCUCUUACACUUGAACCUGCUGAUUACAACCCUACAAAAAGCAACUAUCAUCCUGUCCAUGAUGCUUGCUGGGGGCCUGGCCAGAGGGUACCAUACUUAGCUGUGGCACGCACUUUUGAAUUGAUUGAGGAGGAGUCUGCACGGCUGAAAAUUAUAGAGACACUGAGCAACCUGUUCCGGUCUGUGAUAGCCCUGUCUCCUGAAGACCUACUGCCCUGCAUCUAUCUGUGUCUCAAUCAGUUAGGUCCAGCAUACGAGGGCCUAGAGCUGGGCAUUGGCAAAACCAUUCUCAUGAAAGCUUUGGCUCAGGCCACAGGUCGACAACUGGAUCAGAUCAAGGCAGAGGCAGCUGAGAAGGGAGACCUGGGUUUAGUUGCUGAGAGUAGCCGCACCACACAAGGCACUGUGUUUGCCCCACCCAAGCUUGGUGUAGCCGCAGUCUUUGGCAAACUGCAGGCAAUUGGGCGCAUGGCAGGAAGCGCUUCCAUGAACAAGAAGAUUGACAUUAUCAAGUCCUUGUUUGUUGCUUGCCGCCAUUCAGAGGCCCGCUACAUUGCUCGGUCACUGGAAGGAAAGCUGCGGAUUGGAUUAGCAGAGCAGUCUGUCUUGUCAGCUUUAGCCCAGGCAGCAUCACUCACUCCUCCCAGACAAAAAUUCCCCCCAGACAUUUUGGAUGCUGCAAAGGGCAAGUCUGCAGAGGCACGCAAAGCCUGGCUGGACGAAAGAGUCUUGAUUGUUAAGCAGGCCUUCUGUGAGCUGCCAAAUUAUGGCACAAUUGUCCCUGUCCUUCUGAAGCAUGGUGUGGAGAGUCUUCCUCAACACUGCAAGAUCACACCAGGAAUUCCCCUGAAGCCUAUGCUGGCUCACCCAACCAAGGGAAUUGGGGAGGUAUUAAAGCGCUUUGAAGAGGCUGCUUUUACUUGUGAAUACAAAUAUGAUGGAGAGCGAGCACAGAUUCACAUCCUGGAGAAUGGGGAUGUGUAUAUAUACAGCCGGAAUCAAGAAAACAACACGACCAAGUACCCAGACAUCAUCAGCCGUAUCCCUAAGGUGAAGAAGAGUUCUGUGCAGUCAUGCAUCUUGGAUGCAGAGGCUGUGGCCUGGGACCCAGACUCCAAGCAGAUCCAGCCAUUCCAGGUACUGACCACCCGCAAGCGCAAGGAUGUUGAUGCUGCAGAGAUCAGAGUGCAGGUGUGUGUGUAUGCAUUUGACAUGCUCUACCUCAAUGGGCAAUCUCUGGUCCAGAAACCCCUGUCUCAGCGCCGGGCCUUGCUGCAUGAUUCCUUCACUGAGGUUGAAGGACAGUUCCUCUUUGCCACCUCUGUGGAUACUACUAACACUGAUGAGAUAGCAGAAUUCCUGGAACGCUCCAUCAAAGACUCAUGUGAAGGUCUAAUGGUGAAAACACUGGAAGUGGAUGCCACAUAUGAAAUUGCAAAGAGAUCCCACAACUGGCUGAAGCUUAAAAAAGAUUACUUGGAGGGUGUUGGAGACACCUUGGACCUGGUGGUGAUUGGUGCCUACCUGGGCAAAGGCAAACGUGCAGGCACAUAUGGUGGCUUUCUCCUGGCCUGCUAUGAUGAAGAAAGUGAGGAGUUCCAGAGUAUCUGCAAGAUUGGCACUGGAUUCACAGAUGAGGUCCUGGAGAAACUCCAUAAUUCUCUCAAGGAAUAUGUGAUUCCACAACCACGGCCAUACUACCGCUGGGGUGGGCCAGCUGAACCUGACCAUUGGCUGGAGGCCCAACAUGUCUGGGAAGUGAAAUGUGCUGAUUUAUCUAUUUCUCCUGUCCACAGAGCUGCAGUUGGUUUGGUGGAUGAAGAAAAGGGUAUCUCUCUACGCUUCCCCAGAUUCCUGCGUGUCCGAGAGGAUAAGAAACCAGAGGAAGCCACUGCCAGCACCCAGGUUGCUGAGCUAUACCGAAAGCAGCAACAGAUCCAGAAUCAGCAGCCAGUGGAAAAAGGAGAUGAUGAUUUCUAUUAAUAAUAAUCCUGUCCAUCCAAUUGUGCAAAUGGUCUUUGCUGACAUCUCUUGGAAUGAAGCUAAAGCCUCCAGAGCCCUUGGUCUAAUGAAUCUGUCCCAUCCAAUCUGUGGAACUGAGGUGGAGGGCAUAUCUUGCAAUUGGUUCCUAAGUUUUACUUCUGGUAACAUCCUGCUGUCAAAACUUUCUGUUCUUAGGCAGGCAGAGUGAAAAGUUGGUGCAUCUCUAUUAAUAAACCUUGGAAUUUU